GCUCACCCUCUCCUCCUGGGUCACAGCAGUCAGCCCCGGCAAGGGGCUGUGACAAAGAUGCCACAGAAGGAGCACGUGCUGGUCCCCGAGGCAAAAACUGGCCAACAAGCCCCCAGUGGCCUUGCGCAGAAAGGAAAACCCCACAGGUUUUGGCAGGAAACUCCUAGCGUGGUGGCAACCCUGCUGGGAUCCAGCAGUGGGAACUGGGACAGACCAGUCAGUGACUGGGGAGUGCAGUGAGGGGUCCCACCAGUGCCCCAUCUCCCAUCCCAGUUAGGGAUGGGUGGGGACUGGGUGCUGCCAGGCCGGCAGGGCUAGGGCCCACCAGCGAAUCUCCACUGGCCUGGGGCCACGCUUCCCUCCCUGUGGGCUCUGGCCGGUCACGGGGGAACUGAGUUCACCCCAAACCACAAUUGCCGCCUGUGCUGGCGGCUCCCGGCCCCGGCGGAUGUGCUGGAAAUAACCCUGGCGGGGCUGCGGGGCCCCUCCUUGGCGGUGGUUGCAGCAUCCUAUAAAGUCUCUCAGGGACCAGGGGCUCCACCGAGCACAGCACCCGUGCAGAGAGGCACCAUGAAGCCCCUCGUCCUGCUCACCCUCCUGGCCCUCCUCACCCUUGGCCUCUGCCGCAGAGCUGCUGACCGCUCUCUCAGCGCAGAUGACUCGCCCAGCUCCGAAGCCUUCGUCUCCAGACGCGCCAGCGCCGAGGUGGUGCGGAGACACAAGAGGAGUUACAUCUAUGACAGCGUCUAUGGUGCCGUGCGUGACCCACUGGAGGCCAAGCGUGAGGUGUGUGAGUUCAACCCUGACUGCGAUGAGCUGGCCGACCACAUCGGCUUCCAGGAAGCAUACCGGCGCUUCUACGGCCCCGUCUAGCUCCCACCACGCCCCCCCCCCCAGCCAUGCUGUGGCCCUGCAGGUGCUGGGUCUGAGCUCAGAGCAACCUCCCUCGAGCAGCCCUCCUUUUACACCCCCUUCUGUUAACCAUGAAAAGAAAUAAAUGCACAAAUGGUGUA